AUGGUAGAUGCACAGAGCAAGAAGAAGCAGGACGAGUACAAAAGAAAGGGCGAGGUAGCGAGGAGAAAGACAGUUUCCGCCCAAGCCUCAGCGCCGCAGUACGAACUGAUCAAGGAGCCUACAACGAUGCCUCGCAAACGCAAGGCUUCAAUCAUUGACGACUUGACAACUACACCUGCACCUCCUCCUCGCUUUAGACGUCUUCUUCCGGGUUCACCCAAACCAAAGCAUGGGCAGCAACAGAGCUUCACAAGCAGCCCAGUGGUAAACCACCACCCGACUCCUCAUCUACCGGGCCCCAUGUACUACAUCGAUCCGCGGCAGUAUCACCCACCACCGUAUAUUUCUCCCUACCCACAGUAUCAAGAACCGGUUCAUGCGCGACCCUUAGUUUACAUGCCUCAACAUCAACCGCAUACGCCCGCAGCACCUCCACCACCGCCUCCCAAGAUUGUCCACCCUGAGACUAUACCCCAAGAUAUCACAAGCACCUACGACGAGUACAGGUGGCCGGUCGUUCUAUAUGAGCUUGAACCUGGACAUGGCUUCGAUUUUGCCGAGUCCUUCUUACAAGAUCAGUUUGAGAAAGGAAUCUACCACUCAGACAGGGACAGAUGGGACGCGCAUAUUACGGCAGGCUUCAUCAAGAAUGGAAACAGAAUGUCGCUUCUAGUUUUACACAACGCUGCGAACCCGUUCCAGUAUGACCCACCGGCCACAACGACUACCAGCAUCGGCGUAUAUGGAAUGUUUGCUCAUGAGCAUAACGAGAUCCAUUGGACGACUGUUGCGCCAUCUGUUCACAAAUGGCUCCGCUUAUCCAUGGAAGCGGAUCUUCUCACGGUCAAACAGAAGUGGUUUCCCAACAUGAAGGCUUCUGACAAGCGGUUCCAUCGCGCGUAUUGGUUGGCUGCCAAUAAACUGCCGCUCAACCGCAUACUGAACCAUAACGUGGCACCCGAGGAGCCGUACGGAGUGUUUGAAGACAACGAGAAGAAUAACUUUGUGAUUACGGAAGAGGACCUGCAGUACGGGUGGGAUGGAGUGAGUGUAUCGGUGGAGAAAUCGGAGAAGAUCUGGCAGUGUAUUGUCGACGAGCUGGAGGGAGUGGACCUGGCGGACGUCGAGCAUGUGUCUAUAGGAGGAUCAGAGAGGGCGUUUACGGCGGACUGGUUUAGCAAGUGA